UCAAGUCACUAACUGUAUCAAGUAUUGAAUCCACUACUUCAUUGAAUGUAAUACCAUCAACCAGUAAUGCCAAGAAUAUAUCCACUAAAACAUCAAUUGGGCAUAGUUCAUCAAGAAUAAUACCAUCAUACAGUAUUAUAACAUCUUUGAUGACAGCCGAGUCACUAACUGUAUCAAAUACUGAAUCCACUACUUCAAUAAGUGUAAUAUCAUCAACCAGUAAUGCCAAGAGUAUAUCUACUAUUAUACCUACAACAUCAACUGGGCAUAGUUCAUCAAGAAUAAUACCAUCAUACAGCAUUACAACAUCUUUGAUAACAGUGACUAGUUCAAUGCCAGUUGAUGAUGACACUGACAGUACAGAUACAGCAGUGUCUAUUAAUGUUGGAAUAACUGUAGCACUUGUGAUCUCUGGACUGAUUAGUGUCAUAUUCAUAAUAUUAGCAGUUUCUGUUCUUCUUUAUUUGAAGAUAUUGACUAAUAGGAUGUCACCUACUGAGGCCAGUAAUGUGGUGUAUGAUAAGAAUGAUAGUUAUGAACUGCAUAAAAUAACUGAUGAGACUGAUGUGUAUAAAGACGUUAAAGACAUUUAACUCAUUAAUAAAGUCAUUAUUGUAAUUAAUUAUUGUUAGUUGAUGAUUGAACAUUAUUAGUUAAUAGUUACUUAAUUUGACAUUUUACUUUUUAUAAAAUAAGUUCCUUUGUUAGCUGCUACUG